UCCCCGUCUCAGUCUUUGCUUUAUGAAGCAGCGUUACGGUUUCCAUCCAUCUGAAAGCCAGCAAGCGUUGUUAUACAUCUGAAGGCUGUUGAUGACAUGUCUGUGCUGAAGUGCAUUCUGGGUAUUGUAGUCUUGGUGGCUGUCUCAGCUUCAGCUGAGGAGGAGUUUCUGACAACUUCUGAGCGGAUUGAGAGAGUCAUCAGGGACAUUGGUCCUGAUGAGAUGCACAUGGAGGAUGACAUCUUCUACGAUUCUGAGGCCGACAGAAACGCUGACCCCUGCACGGCUCGUGGGUGUCUGUGGCCAAAGUCGGCUGAUGGAAACAUUUACAUCGCCUACGAGCUUUCCAGCAUUUACACUUCUCGCGAGGUGGCGAUCAUCGAGCGCGGCCUACAAUCCUUCCACCAAAUGUCGUGUAUCCGCUUUGUCAAACGUCGCGGUCAGACCGAGUAUCUGAACAUCUUCUCCGGCUCCGGGUGCUGGUCUUCUAUCGGUCGUAUUGGCCGAGCUCAGAGUCUGUCGCUGAAGCAUCCAGGCUGUGUUUAUCACGGUGUCGUCCAACACGAGCUGCUGCACGCGCUCGGCUUCCACCAUGAGCAGAAACGGUCUGAUCGAGACCAGUACAUCCGCGUGAAUCUGGAGAACGUCAUGCCUGGAAAAGAACACAACUUUAACAAAAUCAACAGUCUGAACCAGAACACCUCGUACGACUACGGCUCCGUGCUGCACUACAGCAAGUAUGCCUUCUCCAAAAACGGCCAGCCGACCCUGGUGGCGACACCUGACCCCACGGUGGAGUUUGGCAGAGCCACUGAGAUGAGCGAGAUGGACGUCAUCAGACUGAACCGACUCUACGAAUGCUCGCCGAGCGCCCUUGGUAAACCGCCACCGCCUCCCGCGAAUAUGUUUCAGUUAUUCAGAAUGAAGAAGAAAUGCUAA